AAUAACAAAUAUUGCGGCAAUUCUGCGUUUAUUAACAUAUAUAUUCUAAUCUAAAAUUUUGACGUUUGAGGUUAGAAUUUAUGAGUGACAGAACUUGUUAAAAACCCGUCUUAAACUUGAAUAUGUUCCAUAUAAACCCAACCGCAGGAAAAACCGAAAUUGUAAUGUCGGAUUUCAUAGUUGAUGAGGAUCAUCAAUAUCAAACUCCAUCGAAAUGUGUAAAAACUCAACAAGAUAUGCAAUUAUGGGAGAAGUCAGAAGCUUAUUAUGAGUAUUUGGGGUUCAUAUUAGCUAUUAAUGAAGCUGUAUGCGGUAAAAGGAUAAUUCAAGGACAUGAGCAAGCGAAAUUAUCACCAACUGUAAUAAAAAUUCUCGAAUUAUUAGAAAGAUUAAGUGUGAUGAUUGAUGAAACUCCAGCAUUAGUACAACCCCAACGGUUUGGAAAUAAAGCGUUUCGGGAUUUUUAUCAAAAAUUAAAAGAUCAAGCCGUUGAUUUAAUAAAACUGGUUCUUCCAGUUAACCUUCAUAGAUCUAUACCUGAAAUAAUGUAUUAUUUUGUGGAUGGUUUUGGGAAUUCAACCCGAAUAGAUUAUGGAACUGGUCAUGAAAUAUCAUUUUUAAUGUUUGUAUGUUGCUUAUUCAAAAUUGGUGCUUUAACAGAAGAAGAUAAAGUGGCUGUUGCUUGUGCCAUUUUUGCAAAGUAUUUAAUAAUUGUACGCAAAUUGCAACAAACAUAUCGUAUGGAACCAGCUGGAAGUCAUGGAGUUUGGAGUUUGGAUGAUCACCAAUUUGUGCCAUUCAUUUGGGGCAGUUCUCAAUUGAUUCAACAUCCGACGUUAGAUCCAUCUUCGUUUUUGCGUGAAAACAUUGUUGAUAAAUACGCAAAUGAGUAUUUGUUUAUGGGUUGCAUUCAAUACAUUAAUAAAGUGAAAAAGGGCCCAUUUGCUGAACACUCAAAUCAAUUAUGGGGAAUUAGUGGAGUUUCAAGUUGGUCCAAAAUCAAUGGGGGAUUAAUUAAAAUGUACAAAGUUGAGGUUUUAGGGAAAUUUCCUGUUGCCCAACAUAUCGUAUUCGGUUCGCUGCUUCCAAUAAACCCGGCCGAAGCUAACAGUGCCCUCCGAAAAACACGGAUGAGUUCAACACCACCGAUUUCUCCUGUUAGUUCAUUAACAGAGGUUCAAACGGAUUCAAUGCAAGUUGGUGAAGAUUCGGAAACCAAACUUAGAAUGGAAGAAGAACAUCUUAAUUAUGAAGAAGAAGAGCAAAGCAAACAAAGUCUAUCAGGGGCACAAUCCGAAGAAGUUCAGGCAACUACUACUAUGUAAAGAAAAUAAAAAAUUGCGAUGUAUUAUUAAUUGCAAUGUAUGCAUGUUUAUUUGGUAAAAAUGUGCUGCAUCUAUAAUUAACUAAUUAGUAAUAUAUAAAA